CGAGAGGAACCUACACGCUGACCGGGACCGGGGUGCUCGGGUGGGAGAUGGAAGUGGAAAACCAGGACUGCCCCUGAGGGAUCCAGGGUUGGAAGCCCAGGCCUGGGACCGGGUCCGCUAGCCGAGUAGGGAUGAGGGCCGGGAACCGAGGGGCCCAGGAAGACGUAGGCCUACGGACGGGGAGCCUCAGGGUGGAGACCCAGGCCCAGGAGUGGAGGACAUGCAGGGCUCUGCUCGAGCUGAUCUGAGGCUCCAGUAGAGAGCCAUUGCAGGUUUGGGGGUGGGGCAGACACCCUGGGCCUAAGGGGGCCGCCCUGGGCAGGGGGCAGAGGUGGUUUCUGAGGACGAUUCCACAGACUGGGGUGUGUCUGGGACUGCUGUAAACUUGGGAAGGCGAGAAGCAGCGUAGGCAGGUGGCUGGGCGGGACAAUGGAGAACAAAGGUGAGCAGGAAGGAGAAGAUGGGAGGCAGAAGCUGGGCAGAGGACAGGGGAAGGGACCUCAGUCCUGGCUCCUACCCUCUCCCUGGAGAGCAGGUGGCCAGACACCCAGAGGCCAAAGCAGGAGCUGACCUGGAGCUGGGGACACGGGCCUAAGAACUCCCUGGACAGGGCCGAGGCUAUGGCCCCUCCACCACCACCACUGGCUGCCAGUACCCCACUCCUACAUGGCGAGUUUGGCUCCUACCCAGCCCGAGGCCCGAGAUAUGCCCUCACCCUCACAUCACAGGCCCUGCACAUACAGCGGCUGCGCCCGAAGCCUGAAGCCCGGCCCCGGGGUGGCCUGGUCCCACUGGCUGAGGUCUCAGGCUGCUGCACCCUGAGGAGCCGCAGCCCCUCGGACACAGCAGCCUACUUCUGCAUCUACACCUACCCUCGGGGCCGGCGUGGGGGCCGGCGAAGAGCCAGCCGCACCUUUCGGGCAGAUGGUGCAGCCACUUAUGAGGAGAACCGUGCUGAAGCCCAGCGCUGGGCUACUGCCCUCAUGUGUCUACUUCGAGGAUUACCACUGCCUGGGGACGGGGAGAUCACCCCUGAGCUUCUGCCACGGCCACCCCGGUUGCUCCUAUUGGUUAAUCCCUUCGGGGGGCGGGGUCUGGCCUGGCAGUGGUGUAAGAACCACGUGCUGCCCAUGAUCUCUGAAGCUGGGCUGUCCUUCAACCUCAUACAGACAGAACGUCAGAACCAUGCCCGGGAGCUAGUCCAAGGGCUGAGCCUGAGUGAGUGGGAUGGCAUCGUCACCCUCUCGGGAGAUGGGCUGCUCUUUGAGGUGUUGAACGGGCUCCUAGACCGCCCUGACUGGGAGGAGGCCGUGAAGAUGCCUGUCGGGAUCCUCCCCUGCGGCUCCGGAAAUGCUCUGGCGGGGGCAGUGAACCAGCAUGGGGGGUUUGAGCCGGCCCUGGGCCUAGACCUGCUGCUCAACUGCUCACUGCUGCUCUGCCGCGGUGGUGGCCACCCACUGGAUCUGCUGUCUGUGACACUGGCCUCAGGUUCCCGCUGUUUCUCCUUCCUGUCUGUGGCCUGGGGCUUCGUGUCGGACGUGGACAUCCAGAGCGAGCGCUUCAGGGCCCUGGGCAGUGCCCGCUUCACACUGGGCACAGUGCUGGGGCUCGCCACACUGCACACCUAUCGAGGACGGCUCUCCUACCUCCCUGCCUCUGUGGAGCCAGCAUCGCCCACGCCUGCCCACAGCCUUCCCCGAGCCAAGUCAGAGCUGACGCUGACCCCAGAACCAGCGCCACCCAUGGCCCACUCCCCCUUGCAUCGCUCAGUGUCUGACCUGCCCCUGCCCCUGCCCCAGCCUGCCCUGGUCUCCCCUGGCUCACCUGAGCCUCUGCCUGUACUGUCUCUCAAUGGUGGAGGCCCAGAGCUGGUGGGUGACUGGGGUGGGGCUGGGGAUGCUCCUCUGUCCCCAGACCCGCUGCUGCCCUCACCCCCCAGCUCUCCCAAGGUAGCUUCGCUCUCACCCAUCACAGAAGGGCCCCCUGAAAUGCCAGCCUCCUCUGGCCUCCCCCCUCCCACCCCUGGUGCCCCAGCGACCUCUACCUGGGGGCCACCGGACCACUUGCUGCCUCCCUUGGGCAGCCCAUUGCCCCCAGACUGGGUGACGUUGGAGGGAGACUUUGUGCUUAUAUUGGCCAUCUCUCCCAGCCACCUGAGCGCUGACCUGGUGGCAGCUCCACAUGCACGCUUUGAUGACGGUCUGGUGCACCUAUGCUGGGUGCAGAGCGGCAUAUCACGGGCGGCGCUACUGCGCCUUUUCUUGGCUAUGGAGCGUGGUAGCCACUUCAGCCUGGGCUGUCCGCAGCUAGGAUACGCUGGGGCCCGUGCCUUCCGCCUCGAGCCACUCACGCCUCGCGGCCUGCUCACAGUGGACGGGGAACUUGUAGAGUACGGGCCGCUGCAGGCGCAGAUGCAUCCAGGCCUCGGUACUCUGCUCACUGGGCCUCCUGGCUGCGCGGGGCAGGAGCCCAGAACCUAAUCUAGCUUGGAUCCCGCUAGGGGUGGGGCCUUAGGUAGAAGGUGUGGCCUGACUACUGAGUUGGGACGGGGCUCCCAACUGCGAGAUUAAUCCCGCCUCCGGGGAACCAGAACUGCUGCUGGAGGGUGGCCCGCCGUCCCGAGGAUAGUGCCUGACCAAUGAGGGUGGGACCUGGCGCCUGGGCUCGGGCUGCUGCUGGCGGGGCUCAGUUACGACCCUCGCCUCCGGCUCGCUGAAGGCCAGGGCGACUGAGGGCAGAGACUACCUUAAGCGUCGCCCAAUGACGGGAGCUGGGAAAGGCCUUAGUUCAUCGGCCAGUCAGGGCCCGGUUCUCGCCCUAUCCACUCCGGUGCCUCCACUUAACUGGCCAAUCAGCCCGGGAGGGGCAGGUUCCCCAGGGCCGUCGUUCAGAUUUGCACUAAUGUUCCUCCUUUCCCCCGCUGGUGGGGGCGGGGAAUUCAUUUCCUCUGUUCUGUGUCUUGUGCGUCCCGUCCCCAAUUUAAAAAGCAAUUGAAAAGGUCUAUGCAAUAAAGGCAGCCGCUUCAUUCCUCUAGA